UGGAAGAGCACAGGACGCACUGGAUAGCAAAAGAGCUGGACAGCUGUUGUAGGUGUCGGUGAACCUGCUCUGUUGCAGAACUUACAGCAGCCUACCUAUGGAAAACAAACGGACCAGAACACAGACGAAGCCUCCGUCUUGCUGUGAUUUUUAAAUACUUGGCGUCCCAGAACUACGCAAAAAGCUAAACCCACAUCCAUCUCCACUGCACCGCUGAUGGAUGUGCAGAAUGUUUCUUCCUCUGCGAGUGUCAGAAAAUGAACACCACUCCGUGCAACUCUGCAGCGACCAUGUAUCAGUUAAUGACCGACCAACUGAACACCAGCUGCAACUGCUCCACGCCUCCUUGUAACUGGACAGCGGGAAGCGGUACCCUGCAGCUGCCCACGUUCACCACAGCAGCCAAAGUCAGAGUGAUAAUCACCUGUAUUCUCUGUGGCAUAUCAGCCUUUUGCAACCUGGCUGUGCUGUGGGCAGCACACAGCGAUGGGAAGCGUAAGUCCCACGUCACAGUGCUGAUAAUCAACUUGACGGUGGCUGAUCUGCUAGUGACCUUCAUUGUGAUGCCUGUGGAUGCCGUGUGGAACAUCACAGUGCAGUGGCUCGCUGGGGACUUUGCUUGCAGGCUAUUGAUGUUUCUUAAGCUGCAGGCGAUGUACUCCUGCGCCUUUGUCACCGUGGUGAUCAGUCUGGAUAGGCAGUCAGCCAUCCUCAACCCUCUGGCUAUCACUAAGGCCAGAAAGAGGAACAGAGUCAUGCUGACUGUAGCGUGGUGCAUGAGUGUCGUGCUGUCAGUCCCUCAGAUAUUCCUUUUUCACAACGUAACCAUCAUUCAUCCCAAGGACUUCACUCAGUGUACCACACUUGGAAGUUUUGUCACUCACUGGCAUGAAACUGCCUACAACAUGUUCACUUUCUCCUGCCUGUUCCUGCUUCCACUGGUCAUCAUGAUCACCUGCUACACCAGGAUCUUCUGUGAGAUCUCCAAACGACUGAAAAAGGACAACUUGCCCUCCAAUGAAAUGCAUUUGCGGCGUUCGAAGAACAACAUCCCCAGAGCCCGGAUGAGAACUCUAAAAAUGAGUAUUGUGAUUGUUUCGGCUUUUAUUAUCUGCUGGACUCCAUAUUACCUGCUGGGACUGUGGUACUGGUUCUUCCCUGAUGACCUGGAGGGGAAGGUCUCCCACUCACUGACACACAUCCUGUUCAUCUUUGGCCUUGUCAAUGCCUGCCUGGACCCGGUCAUCUAUGGCCUGUUUACCAUACACUUCCGAAAGGGGCUCCGAAGGUAUUACUGCAAUGCCACCACGGCGUCUGACCUGGAUAAUAACACGGUUAUAACCGGAUCGUUCACUUGUGCUGCCAACUCUUUGACACUGAAGAGAGAGGCAAGCCCUGCCAGCCAGGAGAGGUUCAUGAUGUGCAGUGAGAACCACAGCAAAGCAGAGUCGAUGUCACCAAGAAGCAGCUUUUUAACAGCAUACAAUGAUGCAGAGAGAGAUCCAAACCAGUCCAGCACUGAGAGCAUCAUCUGAGGAGGGUGCAGAGUGGAGGCUCUCUGACAAUUUUAACUACUGCUUUUAAUUUAUUCAGAUGUAUUCAGUGUCUGACUGUCUGUGUCCUGUAUUCCUUGAAAAAUACAUGUUUAGUGCUCUGUAAAUUGUAACUUGUGGUCAUCUUGAAUUAAAUGUAUU